AUGAGAGCUCCACGGGACUUUGGCGGGGAACAAGAUGUCGUCUAUUGGCUGGAAUAUUUCAAUUCAUUCUACUCGUGUUUUCCGAUUGCGGAAUCGGAUAGAUUCGGAUGUGUGCAGCAGUCAUUAGUCGGUGUUGCUCAAGAUUGGUUUCAAACUUACGUGGCGGAGAACGAACAGUUGUCUAGGAGUGAUUUUUCGGAGAAGCUCGUUCGUCGUUUGGCAGUACAAAAUCAAAGGAGCAUGAGCCGGUCAAUGAAGUUCUUGAUUUUGAAUUUGGAAAAGAUGUUCCAGCAACAAAUGUAUCACAAGAAAGAGGCACCUUGA